GUUUGCUGGCAGUGGUUUCGGUGUUAAGUUCGGUUUCAGUUUCGUUGUCUAGCCAAGAGCUAGAUCCGUAUAUUUCAUUGACAAUGUUGCGAUUGGCCAGUUCCACAUAUAGUUCCAUAUGUUUUAUUGUCUUUUUAAAUUUUCUGUGGCUGCUGUUGUUGACGACGACGUCCGCCAAGCCAGCCAACUCCACUGAAUCAAGGCCGCCAAAUGAAAUGCAACAUGUUACCAGCUUUGUUGACCAGAAGCCGAAAUCCGGCGCCCGUGAGGAGUUUGACUUCGAGCGAAAUGAGGCGGAGGCAGUCAACUCGGCGCACUUGCAGGUGCUCUUCGGCAGUUUGUUGCAAUUGCCGGGUAAGGGAAAUAUGAGUCUGCAGUUGUCUUUGGAGACGGAUGACGAGCCGGUCAGUGAACGCAACAUGCUGGACGAUGAGAUGGAGGCCACUGGGGAGCAGCAUGAGGGCUUUACCGAAUCAUCGGAUGCCUGGCAUCGGGUCAAGCUUAAUAUUCCGGUCCUGGAGCCGGUCAAGCACUUGAUCAAUGCAGUGGGCGGCGGCGGAGUAAACGAUUCGCAUGUCAAGAGCAACACCCAUCGGCUAAUCGGUCACCAUGGCGUCCACGAAACGCACCAUAAUGGCGGGAACAUCAGCUCGCCGGCAAUCGAGACUGAGGAGGAUCGGGAGACGGCCAUAGACAGCACUGGAUUCGAUGUCCUCGAGACAUUGGGCACUGCGGGCACGGUACUCUUUGGAAUUUUGCAGAAUCUACGGAAGCUUUUUGCCGCUAGCGCUGGAAAUGCAAGUACCGCAUCUUCAGGCGGCGGCGGUGGAGCUAACUAGUUGACUUCCUUCGGGUCUU